GAAGGCAGGAGGAGCGCGAGAGAGAGAGAGGGAGGCCUAUAUAAGAAUGGGUUGGUAUUGGGUACAGAGGCAUCAAUAGUAGUAGUAGAAGACCAGUUUGUAGUAAAGCAGCAAAAGCCUAUCUUAUAGUAAUGAGUGAUUGAUUAGUCAUCAGCUGCCAUGGCUGGAGAGGAAGAAGGGCAUGGUGAUCAUCAUCAGUAUACUCUGGAUGGCACCGUCGAUCUCAAAGGAAAACCUGUCCUUAGAUCCAAGAGAGGUGGUUGGAAAGCCUGUUCAUUCAUUGUUGUUUAUGAGGUGUUUGAACGUAUGGCUUAUUACGGUAUCUCGUCGAAUCUGGUCCUUUACUUGACAAGGAAGCUCCAUCAGGGAACAGUCAAAUCUUCCAACAAUGUCACCAACUGGGUCGGGACCGUCUGGAUGACACCCAUCUUGGGUGCAUACGUUGCUGAUGCACAUCUGGGCCGUUACUGGACCUUCCUCAUCGCAUCUGCCAUCUAUCUCAUGGGGAUGAGUCUUCUAACACUAGCAGUGUCAAUCUCUGCUCUGAAACCACCCCCUUGUCAGCAAAUAGUUGCAACUGACUGCAAGAAGGCCUCAACAGCGCAACUGGCUGUGUUCUAUGGUGCUCUGUACAUACUGGCAUUGGGCACUGGUGGGACCAAGCCAAACAUUUCAACAAUUGGGGCUGACCAAUUUGACGACUUCGACCCAAAGGAGAAGGCCCAUAAGCUCUCCUUCUUCAAUUGGUGGAUGUUCAGUAUAUUCUUUGGGACUCUCUUUGCUAACACUUUUCUUGUGUACAUUCAAGACAACGUGGGCUGGACCCUAGGUUAUGGGCUUCCAACAAUUGGGCUUCUCAUAUCCGUCAUUAUCUUUGUGGUUGGUACACCACUCUACAGGCACAGGGUACCCACAGGAAGUCCCUUCACUAGGAUGGCUAGAGUCAUAGUGGCUGCCCUGAGGAAAUGGAGGGUGCCCAUUCCUAGUGACCCCAGAGAGCUCUACGAGCUUGGCUUGAGGGAAUACGAAGAGAAAGGGAAGUUCAAGAUUGAGUCCACACCUUCCUUGAGGUUCCUGAACAAAGCCUGUGUAAAGACAGAGUCCAACACUCCAUGGAUGCUUUGUCCAGUAACCCAAGUAGAGGAGACUAAGCAAAUGCUCCAUAUGAUCCCAAUCUUGACAGCAACGUUUGUGCCCAGUGCAAUGAUCGCUCAGGUCAAUACCCUUUUUGUGAAGCAAGGGACUACUCUUGACAGGAGUAUAGGGAGCUUCCAAAUUCCUCCGGCCAGCUUAGCCGGAUUUGUAACAAUAUCCAUGCUCAUCUGUGUCGUGCUAUAUGACCGAUAUUUUGUGAAGAUUAUGAGGAGAUGGACCAAAAAUCCUAGAGGGAUCACUCUCCUUCAAAGAAUGGGAAUUGGCCUUGUUUUUCACAUUAUAAUCAUGUCAGUUGCAUCUCUUACUGAGAGACAUAGGUUGAGUGUAGCCAAAGAUCAUGGUUUAGAACAAAAUGGGGGGAGAGUUCCUCUCAGCAUUUUCAUUUUACUACCUCAGUUUGUGCUCAUGGGGAUGGCUGAUGCGUUUCUAGAGGUGGCAAAGAUUGAAUUCUUCUAUGAUCAGGCACCUGAAAGCAUGAAGAGUUUGGGAACUUCUUAUUCCAUGACCAGUUUAGGGAUUGGAAACUUCCUUAGCAGUUUCCUUCUUUCCACAGUGUCUCACAUCACCAAGAAGCAUGGCCACAGGGGAUGGAUUCUAAAUAACCUAAAUGCAUCGCACUUGGACUACUACUAUGCAUUCUUUGCAAUAUUGAACCUCUUGAACUUCAUCUUCUUCAUUGUUAUAACUAGGUUCUAUGUUUACAGAGCAGAGGUCUCCAAUUCAAUGCAAGUUCUCAAGGAAGACAUUCAGAUGAAGUCACUUAAGGUCACUAACCAGGAGUCUGGGGCUUAGGCUGAUUGUUGGAUCUAGUGAGAGGAGAAAUCUACAACACAUAUCCUUGAAUGUUUGCAAUGAUUGACAAAUUUGCACCAGCUUCAUGCAUGCCGCCGCUGCCUUCACCAACAAAUAUGGCAUUCUAGAUUGUAAUAAUUUGUGUCAAGUGAAGGAUGGAUCACUUAAUUUGUGUUGCAUGUAUAUUUGAUGUAGUGUAACUCAAAUUAAAAUGUAUUGCACUGUUAUAUUGAAUUGAAUCCAAGGUCCAAGGAGAUUGUCUUGCUUGCUUUUCA